AUGAAUUGCGAAGUCUGUCAACUGAAGGAACUGGAAGUGGAAUCAUUCGAGAUACGCGAGGUUCUACGCUGCAUUCUACAUACGAUUGUCUUUCAUCGAGCACUUGGUCUUAUCCGCCCUAAAGAUAUUGAUUUGGAGCUCUUUGAGAUCACUUACGUACAAUGCGGUGAAAUAGAAGUGGAAAAGAAAAUCGAUGACAAGAUUGAGCAUUUCAUAAGCUGGAUUGAGAAACAUCCCAACAAGAAAAGUCAGAUAUGUCUAUCGUUUUACGAAGUCAAAAGCAAACAGCAGUCUUGGUUCACUAAUAAAAUUGAACGGUCGUGCUGGGAACAAUGGAACAUCAAUCUGAAUGUGCUUCAGCCGAUUAAAUCCCCAAUCGGAAAAUCUCACCAUUCUAAACUAGUUAUGGACACUGGAGAGGCAUCUGAGGAAAGAAGUUCCCGUACGACACUGCUUGAGCAAUCCCUUCAAGAAGUCUUAUUCCAAAUCAUAAAAUUCGUCAACGAGAAAAAGGAUCACGUUCCUCCCAUUAACGAUGGCGUAAUCUACUGCCCCUUUGAGAUCAAUAUCCCAAGCUCAUCGGACUCGGCCUUUGGGAUGGAUAUGUUGAAGAGGAUGCUCCACAGUGGCCAUCCAUCUAUGCUCAGCUUUUUUUACUGA